AAAAACAAGAAAAUAAUAAAGCGAGGCUUCAAGCCUCGAGAACGAGAGAGAGAGAGUACACGAAUACGUCAAAGUUUAGUUUGGAAAGCGUGGUGGAAAACUUCUGGGCUGUGGCAGAAAGCUGUGGACCGCGGAUGAUGCCAGAGCAAAGGUGUUGAAGGUUCCAGGAAAGAUCAAGUGCUGACACGGUCCACACUAGGGGGCAGGCGAAGAAGCAACACAUUUAGAGAUGGCUGACGAGCAGGAAACAAGGGAAGUGCUUUACCCACAGUGGAUGGGCCCUGAUAAGCAUGGGCUCACCAUAGAACAAAAAGGUCAAGGAGAGAUUUUUGUCACAGAGGUUAAAGAAGAGUCCCCUGCUGCUCAUACUGGAAAUGUGUAUGAAGGUGACCAAAUUGUGGGGGCCACCAUUUACUUUGACAACAUGAGCUCAGAAGAAACCGCUGAGCUACUGAAGACUCUAAACCGACAUAAGGUUGGACUAAAAUUACAAAACAAGACUGGAGACAAGUCACCUUGCCGCUCUCCAAUGGGAACAUUGUCGUGGGAAGGACGUGGAGGGUUAGGAGGCUCUAGUUCAGACAUUCUCCUGAGUGGAGAUGACGAAGACUACAAAAGAAUCUUCACUAAGAAGAUUAAACCUAGACUGAAGUCUGAGGAUCUUGCUGAGGGUGUUGAUGUGCGUACAGAGCGUCACAGCAGCACAAGCAGUGAUGGUUGCACCGUUACUACAAUCACUCGGAGAAUAACUACCUACACUGUGGACAUGCCGGGGGGGACUAGUCAGCAGAUUGAUUCCACAAGCCCUGAGUUCAAAAUGCAGGUCUUGCAGCAUGAGCAGUCAGAGGGGGAUUCUUCUCAAAUCAGAUUACCACAUAGUAGCCUUGUUAGCAGUGCACACGGAGGUAUAAAAAUGGGGGACAUAUCUCUUGGCGGGCCCCAUAUCACUGGCUCCUCUGUGAAGCACUGUAGCACAGGAUCUAUCACAGCAACAAGUGAAUUAGAGGGUAGUGGGAGAGAGAUUGCAUUUAAUGUGUCAGACACUGGAUUGUCAGGGGGGAAAGGACAGAGGAUGAUAGAACGUUUUGGAAGGACUGAAACUUCUACAGGCAGUAGUAAUCUCUCUGGCAAAGUAACCAUGGGGUUAGACAAAGAAGUGGGAAAUGUUUCUUCUCCAAUGGAAGCUGGUUUUAAACCAUCAAGUGUGAUAAAAGAAACUGGGUUUGCUACAGUUAAGGGCCCUGUUCUGAACACUCGUGUUUCAGGUUUUUCCAUUAGUGGAGAUUCAGGGGGCAGUUUUGGCAGGGAAUCUUUGUCUGAAGCGCUUAAGGAUGGGUCUGAUGAUAAAACCAAAUUGUCUAAAUUUAGCAUAGAUGUUCAAGGGCCCAAGGUAAAUAUUAAACUACAUGAAAUCAGCCAGGGUUCGGAUUUUGCCAUCCCAGAUGUAGACGGUAAAGUCAAGUUACCAAAAGUCGAAACUAGGGGAUCAGUUGUUCACGCAGAGGAAAUUGGUGGUGAACUCAGGAUAUCCCAUGUGAAAGAACCACAAUUUGGAACUAGGCAGUUUACUGUAGAAAGUCCUAAUGUAGAAGUGAAUCAAAAUCUUAAAGAUGUUAGUCAAAGAGAUUUUAGCUUAACUGGCAAUCAGGAUCUGUCAGCUUCAUCAUUUAGAGUGAAAGGCACUAAUUUGGAGGGCUCCAAUUUGGGCACUGAUGUAAAACUGUCCUCAUUUGGACUUAAAGGUCCAAAGUUUCAGGUACCUGAUACAGUAGUAAGUCUCCCCGGAGCUAACGUUAAAAUUACACAACCAGAUAUGGACAUCAGGGGUCCAGAAAAACACAUUGAAGGACAUGAGGGUAAAGUCAAAGAAGCCAAAUUUAAUGUGCCAUCAAUCUCUGGUCAGGGAACUUAUAUGCCACAUGUGGACUUAAACCUGAAAGGACAAAAAGUGAAAGGAGAUGUUAAUGUGUCCGUUCCAAAGGUUGAAGGGAACAUUAUGACACCAAAAUUUGAUAUUAAAGAAUCAGAUCGUGAGAGUGCUAAGGGUGACUUUACAGUUUCAAAGGUAAAAAUGCCCUCAUUUGGAAUGAAAAGUUCAGAAGAGAAGGGUUCAAAUGUUGAUCUAAAUCUUGCAAAAGCAGAAAUGGAGAUUAAAGCAAAAGAUGUAGAUAUCAAUACCAUAGAGCUUAACAUUGAGGGAUGUGAUAGGCAAGUUAAAGACAGCAAUGUCAAGAUAACAUCAAUUUCCGGUCCAAAGGUUUCUGUACCUGAUGUGAACUUAAACGUGAAAGGGCCAACACAGAACGUCUCCACUCUAAAAGUGAAAGGAGAUAUUAAAGCACAGAAAGUUGAAAUUGAAGGCCCUGGCAUUGAGGAUUUUGAGGGUGGUUUUAAGCUACCAAAAAUCAAGAUGCCUUCCUUUGGAAUCAAAGGUCCAAAAGUGGAGGCACCUGAUGUUGACAUAAAUCUUCGCAAAGCAGACAUGGAAAUUAAAGCUCCAGAUGUGGAUAUCAAGGGUCCAGAGAUGGAAAAAUCUGAUGAAAAAAUUAAGGGGUCCAAAUUCAAGAUGCCAUCAAUCUCCGGUCCAAAGAUUUCCAUGCCAGAUGUGGACUUCAACCUGAAAGGCCCAAAACUUAAGGGUGAUGUUGACGUGUCUAUUCCAAAAGUGGAAGGAGAUAUUAAACCUCCUAAAGUCAAUAUUGAAGGCGCAGACCUUGAGGGUCCUGAUGGUGGGUUUAAGAUGCCAAAAAUGAAAAUACCAUCAUUCGGACUUAAGGGUCAAAAAGUGGAGGGUCCAGAUAUAGACGUGAAAAUCCCUAAAGCCAAUAUUGAGUUUAAAGCACCAGAUGUGGAUAUUAAAGCUCCAGAGCUUGACAUUGAAGGACCUGAGGGAAAAAUGAAGGGCCCCAAAUUCAAGAUGCCAUCAAUAUCCGGUCCAAAUAUUUCCAUGACAGAUGUGGACUUCAACAUGAAAGGCCCAAAACUUAAGGGUGAUCUUGACGUGUCUGUUCCAAAAGUGGAAGGAGAUAUUAAAGCUCCAAAAGUCAAAAUUGAAGGCCCAGUCCUUGAGGGUCCUGAGGGUGGGUUUAAGAUGCCAAAGAUCAAAAUGCCAUCAUUCGGACUUAAGGGUCCAAAAGUGGACGGUUUAGAUGUUGAUGGGAAAGUCCCUAAAGGCGAUAUUGAGGUUAAGGCACCAUAUGUAGAUAUCACAGCUCCAGAGCUUGACAUUGAAGGACCUGAAGGAAAUAUCAAGGGCCACAAAUUCAAGAUGCCAUCAAUUUCCGGUCCAAAGAUUUCCAUGCCUGAUAUGGACUUCAACCUGAAAGGUCCAAAACUGAAAGGAGAAGUUGACGUGUCCGUUCCAAAAGUUAAAGGUGACAUCAAAGCACCAGAAGUAGAUGUCAAGGGCCCAGAGCUUGACAUUGAGGGACCUGAGGGAAAAAUCAAGGGCCCCAAAUUCAAAAUGCCAUCUAUGUCUGGCCCAAAGAUUUCUAUGCCAGAUGCUGACUUCAACCUGAAAGGUCCAAAACUGAAAGGUGAUGUUGAUAUGUCCAUUCCAAAAGUGGAAGGAGACAUUAAAGCACCAAAAGUUGAAAUUGAAGGCCCAGACCUUGAGGGUCCUGAGGGUGGUUUUAAGAUGCCAAAGAUCAAAAUGCCAUCAUUUGGAGUUAAAGGUCCUAAAGUGGAGGGCCCAGAUGUUGACAUCAAUCUCCCAAAAGCAGAUGUUAAUGUUAAAGGACCGGAAAUUGACAUCAAAACUCCUGAUCUUGACAUUGAGGGACCUGAGGGAAAAGUCAAGGGCCCCAAGUUCAAAAUGCCAUCUAUGUCUGGCCCAAAGAUCUCUAUGCCAGAUGUUGACUUCAACCUGAAAGGCCCAAAACUCAAAGGUGAUGUUGAUGUGUCCAUUCCAAAAAUGGAAGGAGAUAUUACAGCACCAAAAGUUGAAAUUGAAGGCCCAGACCUUGAGGGUCCCGAGGGUGGUUUUAAGAUGCCAAAGUUCAAAAUGCCAUCAUUUGGAGUUAAAGGUCCUAAAGUGGAGGGCCCAGAUGUUGACAUCAACCUCCCAAAAGCAGAUGUUAAUGUUAAAGGACCUGAAAUUGACAUCAAAAGUCCUGAUCUCGACAUUGAGGGACCUGAGGGAAAAAUCAAGGGACCCAAGUUCAAAAUGCCAUCUAUGUCUGGCCCAAAGAUUUCUAUGCCAGAUGUUGACUUCAACCUGAAAGGCCCAAAACUCAAAGGUGAUGUUGAUGUGUCCAUUCCAAAAAUGGAAGGAGAUAUUACAGCACCAAAAGUUGAAAUUGAAGGCCCAGACCUUGAGGGUCCCGAGGGUGGUUUUAAGAUGCCAAAGUUCAAAAUGCCAUCAUUUGGAGUUAAAGGUCCUAAAGUGGAGGGCCCAGAUGUUGACAUCAACCUCCCAAAAGCAGAUGUUAAUGUUAAAGUACCUGAAAUUGACAUCAAACCUCCUGAUCUUAACAUUGAGGGACCUGAGGGGAAAAUCAAGGGCCCCAAAUUCAAAAUGCCAUCUAUGUCUGGCCCAAAGAUUUCUAUGCCAGAUGUUGACUUCAACCUGAAAGGCCCAAAACUCAAAGGUGAUGUUGAUGUAUCAGUUCCAAAAGUUAAAGGUGACAUCAAAGCACCAGAAGUAGAUAUCAAGGGUCCAGAGCUUGACAUUGAGGGUCCUGAGGGAAAAAUCAAGGGCCCCAAAUUCAAAAUGCCAUCUAUGUCUGGCCCAAAGAUUUCUAUGCCAGAUGUUGACUUCAACCUGAAAGGCCCAAAACUCAAAGGCGAUGUUGAUGUGUCCAUUCCUAAAGUGGAAGGAGAUAUUAAAGCACCAAAAGUUGAAAUUGAAGGCCCAGACCUUGAUGGUCCCGAGGGUGGUUUCAAGAUGCCAAAGUUCAAAAUGCCAUCAUUUGGAGUUAAAGGUUCUAAAGUGGAGGGCCCAGAUGUUGACAUCAAUCUCCCAAAAGCAGAUGUUGAUGUUAAAGGACCUGAAAUUGACAUCAGAACUCCUGAUCUUAACAUUGAGGGACCUGAGGGAAAAAUCAAGGGCCCCAAAUUCAAAAUGCCAUCUAUGUCUGGCCCAAAGAUUUCUAUGCCAGACGUUGACUUCAACCUGAAAGGCCCAAAACUUAAAGGUGAUGUUGAUGUGUCCAUUCCUAAAGUGGAAGGAGAUAUUAAAGGACCAAAAGUUGAAAUUGAAGGCCCAGACCUUGAGGGUCCUGAGGGUGGUUUUAAGAUGCCUAAGAUCAAAAUGCCAUCAUUUGGAGUUAAAGGUCCUAAAGUGGAGGGCCCAGAUGUUGACAUCAAUCUCCCAAAAGCAGAUGUAAAUGUUAAAGGACCUGCAAUUGACAUCAAAACUCCUGAUCUUGACAUUGAGGGACCCGAGGGGAAAAUCAAGGGCCCCAAAUUCAAAAUGCCAUCUAUGUCUGGCCCAAAGAUUUCUAUGCCAGAUGUUGACUUCAACCUGAAAGGCCCAAAACUCAAAGGUGAUGUUGAUGUAUCAGUUCCAAAAGUUAAAGGUGACAUCAAAGCACCAGAAGUAGUUAUCAAGGGUCCAGAGCUUGACAUUGAGGGUCCUGAGGGAAAAAUCAAGGGCCCCAAAUUCAAAAUGCCAUCUAUGUCUGGCCCAAAGAUUUCUAUGCCAGACGUUGACUUCAACCUGAAAGGCCCAAAACUCAAAGGCGAUGUUGAUGUGUCCAUUCCUAAAGUGGAAGGAGAUAUUAAAGCACCAAAAGUUGAAAUUGAAGGCCCAGACCUUGAGGGUCCCGAGGGUGGUUUCAAGAUGCCAAAGUUCAAAAUGCCAUCAUUUGGAGUUAAAGGUUCUAAAGUGGAGGGCCCAGAUGUUGACAUCAAUCUCCCAAAAGCAGAUGUUGAUGUUAAAGGACCUGAAAUUGACAUCAGAACUCCUGAUCUUAACAUUGAGGGACCUGAGGGAAAAAUCAAGGGCCCCAAAUUCAAAAUGCCAUCUAUGUCUGGCCCAAAGAUUUCUAUGCCAGAUGUUGACUUCAACCUGAAAGGCCCAAAACUCAAAGGUGAUGUUGAUGUAUCAGUUCCAAAAGUUAAAGGUGACAUCAAAGCACCAGAAGUAGUUAUCAAGGGUCCAGAGCUUGACAUUGAGGGUCCUGAGGGAAAAAUCAAGGGCCCCAAAUUCAAAAUGCCAUCUAUGUCUGGCCCAAAGAUUUCUAUGCCAGACGUUGACUUCAACCUGAAAGGCCCAAAACUUAAAGGUGAUGUUGAUGUGUCCAUUCCUAAAGUGGAAGGAGAUAUUAAAGGACCAAAAGUUGAAAUUGAAGGCCCAGACCUUGAGGGUCCCGAGGGUGGUUUCAAGAUGCCAAAGUUCAAAAUGCCAUCAUUUGGAGUUAAAGGUUCUAAAGUGGAGGGCCCAGAUGUUGACAUCAAUCUCCCAAAAGCAGAUGUUGAUGUUAAAGGACCUGAAAUUGACAUCAGAACUCCUGAUCUUAACAUUGAGGGACCUGAGGGAAAAAUCAAGGGCCCCAAAUUCAAAAUGCCAUCUAUGUCUGGCCCAAAGAUUUCUAUGCCAGAUGUUGACUUCAACCUGAAAGGCGCAAAACUUAAAGGUGAUGUUGAUGUGUCCAUUCCUAAAGUGGAAGGAGAUAUUAAAGGACCAAAAGUUGAAAUUGAAGGCCCAGACCUUGAGGGUCCUGAGGGUGGUUUUAAGAUGCCUAAGAUCAAAAUGCCAUCAUUUGGGCUUAAAGGUCCUAAAGUGGAGGGCCCUGAUGUUGACAUCAAUCUCCCAAAAGCAAAUGUUGAUGUUAAAGGACCUGAAAUUGACAUCAAAACUCCUGAUCUUAACAUUGAGGGAUCUGAGGGAAAAAUCAAGGGCCCCAAGUUUAAAAUGCCAUCUAUGUCUGGCCCAAAGAUUUCUAUGCCAGAUGUUGACUUCAACCUGAAAGGUCCAAAACUCAAAGGUGAUGUUGAUGUAUCAGUUCCAAAAGUUAAAGGUGAAAUCAAAGCACCAGAAGUAGAUAUCAAGGGCCCAGAGCUUGACAUUGAGGGUCCUGAGGGAAAAAUCAAGGGCCCUAAAUUCAAAAUGCCAUCUAUGUCUGGCCCAAAGAUUUCUAUGCCAGAUGUUGACUUCAGCCUGAAAGGCCCAAAACUCAAAGGUGAUGUUGAUGUGUCCAUUCCUAAAGUGGAAGGAGAUAUUAAAGCACCAAAAGUUGAAAUUGAAGGCCCAGACCUUGAGGGUCCCGAGGGUGGUUUUAAGAUGCCAAAGUUCAAAAUGCCUUCAUUUGGAGUUAAAGGUCCUAAAGUGGAGGGCCCAGAUGUUGACAUCAAUCUCCCAAAAGCAAAUGUUGACGUUAAAGGACCUGAAAUUGACAUCAAAACUCCUGAUCUUGACAUUGAGGGACCCGAGGGGAAAAUCAAGGGCCCCAAAUUCAAAAUGCCGUCUAUGUCUGGCCCAAAGAUUUCUAUGCCAGAUGUUGACUUCAACCUGAAAGGCCCAAAACUCAAAGGUGAUGUUGAUGUGUCCAUUCCUAAAGUGGAAGGAGAUAUUAAAGCACCAAAAGUUGAAAUUGAAGGCCCAGACCUUGAGGGUCCCGAGGGUGGUUUUAAGAUGCCAAAGUUCAAAAUGCCUUCAUUUGGAGUUAAAGGUCCUAAAGUGGAGGGCCCAGAUGUUGACAUCAAUCUCACAAAAGCAAAUGUUGAUGUUAAAGGACCUGAAAUUGACAUCAAAACUCCUGAUCUUGACAUUGAGGGACCCGAGGGGAAAAUCAAAGGUCCCAAGUUCAAAAUGCCUUCCAUAUCUGGUCCAAAAAUCUCUAUGCCAGAUGUUGACUUCAACCUGAAAAGUCCAAAACUCAAAGGUGAAGUUGAUGUAACAGUUCCAAAAGUUAAAAGUGACAUCAAAGCACCAGAAGUAGAUAUCAAGGGCCCAGAUUUUGACAUUGAGGGUCCUGAGGGAAAAAUCAAGGGCCCCAAAUUUAAAAUGCCUUCUAUGUCUGGCCCAAAGAUUUCUAUGCCAGAUGUUGACUUCAACUUGAAAGGUCCAAAACUCAAAGGUGAUUUUGAUGUGUCCGUUCAAAAAGUGGAAGGAGAUAUUAAAGCACCAAACGUGGAAAUUGAAGGCCCAGACCUUGAGGGUCAUCAGGGUGGUUUUAAGAUGCCAAAGUUCAAAAUGCCAUCAUUUGGAGUUAAAGGUCCUAAAGUGGAGGGCCCAGAUGUUGACAUCAAUCUCCCAAAAGCAAAUGUUGAUUUUAAAGGACCUGAAAUUGACAUCAAAACUCCUGAUCUUGACAUUGAGGGACCUGAGGGAAAAAUCAAGGGCCCCAAAUUCAAGAUGCCAUCUAUCUCCGGUCCAAAGAUCUCCAUGCCAGAUGUUGACUUCAACCUGAAAGGGCCAAAACUGAAAGGUGAUGUUGAUGUAUCAGUUCCAAAAAUUAAAGGAGACAUUAAAUUACCAGGAGUAGAUCUCAAGGGCCCAGAGCUUGACAUUGAGGGUCCUGAGGGAAAAAUCAAGGGCCCCAAAUUCAAAAUGCCAUCUAUGUCUGGCCCAAAGAUUUCUAUGCCAGAUGUUGACUUCAACCUGAAAGGCCCAAAACUCAAAGGUGAUGUUGAUGUGUCAAUUCCUAAAGUGGAAGGAGAUAUUAAAGCACCAAAAGUUGAAAUUGAAGGCCCAGACCUUGAGGGUCCCGAGGGUGGUUUUAAGAUGCCCAAGUUCAAAAUGCCAUCAUUUGGAGUUAAAGGUCCUAAAGUGGAGGGCCCAGAUGUUGACAUCAAUCUCCCAAAAGCAAAUGUUGAUGUUAAAGGACCUGAAAUUGACAUCAAAACUCCUGAUCUUGACAUUGAGGGACCUGAGGGAAAAAUCAAGGGCCCCAAAUUCAAGAUGCCAUCUAUCUCCGGUCCAAAGAUCUCCAUGCCAGAUGUUGACUUCAACCUGAAAGGGCCAAAACUGAAAGGUGAUGUUGAUGUAUCAGUUCCAAAAAUUAAAGGAGACAUUAAAUUACCAGGAGUAGAUCUCAAGGGCCCAGAGCUUGACAUUGAGGGUCCUGAGGGAAAAAUCAAGGGCCCCAAAUUCAAAAUGCCAUCUAUGUCUGGCCCAAAGAUUUCUAUGCCAGAUGUUGACUUCAACCUUAAAGGCCCAAAACUCAAAGGUGAUGUUGAUGUGUCCAUUCCUAAAGUGGAAGGAGAUAUUAAAGCACCAAAAGUAGAAAUUGAAGGCCCAGAUCUUGAGGGUCCCGAGGGUGGUUUUAAGAUGCCAAAGUUCAAAAUGCCUUCAUUUGGAGUUAAAGGUCCUAAAGUGGAGGGCCCAGAUGUUGACAUUAAUCUCCCAAAAGCAAAUGUUGAUGUUAAAGGACCUGAAAUUGACAUCAAAACUCCUGAUCUUGACAUUGAGGGACCCGAGGGGAAAAUCAAGGGCCCCAAAUUCAAAAUGCCAUCUAUGUCUGGCCCAAAAAUUUCUAUGCCAGAUGUUGACUUCAACCUGAAAGGCCCAAAACUCAAAGGUGAUGUUGAUGUAUCAGUUCCAAAAAUUAAAGGAGACAUUAAAUUACCAGGAGUAGAUCUCAAGGGCCCAGAGCUUGACAUUGAGGGUCCUGAGGGAAAAAUCAAGGGCCCCAAAUUCAAAAUGCCAUCUAUGUCUGGCCCAAAGAUUUCUAUGCCAGAUGUUGACUUCAACCUGAAAGGCCCAAAACUCAAAGGUGAUGUUGAUGUGUCCAUUCCAAAAGUGGAAGGAGAUAUUAAAGCACCAAAAGUUGAAAUUGAAGGCCCAGACCUUGAGGGUUCCGAGGGAGGUUUUAAGAUGCCAAAGUUCAAAAUGCCAUCAUUUGGAGUUAAAGGUCCUAAAGUGGAGGGCCCAGAUGUUGACAUCAAUCUCCCAAAAGCAAAUGUUGAUGUUAAAGGACCUGAAAUUGACAUCAAAACUCCUGAUCUUGACAUUGACGGACCUGAGGGAAAAAUCAAGGGCUCCAAAUUCAAAAUGCCAUCAAUCUCCGGUCCAAAAAUUUCUAUGCCAGAUGUUGACUUCAACCUGAAAGGCCCAAAACUCAAAGGAGAUGUUGAUGUGUCCAUUCCAAAAUUGGAAGGCGAUAUUAAAGGACCAAAAGUUGAAAUUGAAGGUCCAGAGCUUGAAGGUCUUGAGGGUGGUUUUAAGAUGCCAAAAAUCAAAAUGCCAUCAUUUGGGCUUAAAGGUGCUAAAGUGGAGGGCCCAGAUGUUGACAUCAAUCUCCCAAAAGCAAAUCUUGAUGUUAAAGGACCUGAAAUUGACAUCAAAACUCCUGAUCUUGAUAUUGAGGGACCUGAGGGCAAAAUCAAGGGCCCCAAAUUCAAGAUGCCAUCUAUCUCUGGUCCAAAGAUCUCCAUGCCAGAUGUUGACUUCAACCUGAAAGGGCCAAAACUGAAAGGUGAUGUUGAUGUAUCAGUUCCAAAAGUCAAAGGAGACAUUAAAGGACCAGAAGUAGAUAUCAAGGGCCCAGAGCUGGACUUUGAAGGACCUGAGGGAAAAAUCAAGGGUCCCAAAUUCAAGAUGCCAUCAGUCUCUGGUCCUAAAAUGUCUAUGCCAGAUGUUGACUUCAACCUGAAAGGGCCAAAACUGAAAGGUGAUGUUGAUGUGUCCGUUCCAAAAUUAGAAGGAGAUAUUAAAGGACCAAAAGUUGAAAUUGAAGGCCCAGACCUUGAGGGUCCUGAGGGUGGUUUUAAGAUGCCAAAGAUCAAAAUGCCAUCAUUUGGCCUUAAAGGUCCUAAAGUGGAGGGCCCAGAUGUUGACAUCAAUCUCUCAAAAGCAGAUAUUGAGGUUAAGGCACCAGAUAUGGAUAUUAAAACUGCAGAGCUUAACCUUGAGGGACCUGAGGGCAAAAUCAAGGGCCCCAAAUUCAAGAUGCCAUCAAUCUCCGGUCCAAACAUUUCUAUGCCAGAUGUUGACUUCAACCUGAAAGGUCCAAAACUUAAAGGUGAUGUUAAUGUAUCUGUUCCAAAAGUUAAAGGAGACAUUAAAGCUCCAGAAGUAGAUUUCAAGGGCCCAGAGCUUGACUUUGAAGGACCUGAAGGAAAAAUCAAGGGGCCAAAACUGAAGAUGCCAUCAUUCAAAAUGCCUUCUAUGUCUGGUCCAAAGAUCUCUAUACCAGAUGUAGACUUCAACUUGAAAAGUCCAAAAGUCAAGGGUGAUAUGGAUAUCUCUGGACCCAAGAUUGCAGGUGACAUAAAGGCUCCAAAAGUGGACAUUGAAGGUCCUGAUUUUGAUAUAGAGGGCCCAGAGGGUGGCUUGAAGAUGCCUAAAUUCAAAAUGCCAUCAUUUGGAUUCAAAGGACCUAAAAUGGAGGGCCCAGAUAUUGACCUCAAUCUCCCAAAAGCAAAUGUUGAUGUUGAAGGACCUGAUCUUGACAUCGAGGGACCUGAAGGGAAAAUAAAAGGUCCCAAGUUCAAAAUGCCUUCUAUGUCUGGUCCAAAGAUUUCUGUGCCAGAUGUUGACUUCAACCUGAAAGGUCCAAAACUGAAAGGUGAUGUUGAUGUGUCCAUUCCAAAAGUGGAAGGAGAUAUUAAAGCACCAAAAGUUGAAAUUGAAGGCCCAGACCUUGAGGGUCCUGAGGGUGGUUUUAAGAUGCCAAAGAUUAAAAUGCCAUCAUUUGGAGUUAAAGGUCCUAAUAUCUCUAUGCCAGAUGUUGACUUCAACAUGAAAAGUCCAAAAUUCAAGGGUGAUAUGGAUAUCUCUGGACCCAAGAUUGCAGGUGACUUAAAGGCUCCAAAAGUGAACAUUGAAGGUCCUGAUUUUGAUAUAGAGGGCCCAGAAGGUGACUUGAAGAUGCCUAAAUUCAAAAUGCCAUCAUUUGGAUUCAAAGGACCUAAAGUGGAGGGACCUGAUGUUGACAUCAAUCUCCCAAAAGCAAAUGUUGAUGUUGAAGGACCUGAUCUUGACAUUGAGGGACCUGAAGGGAAAAUAAAAGGUCCCAAGUUCAAAAUGCCAUCUAUGUCUGGUCCAAAGAUCUCUAUGCCAGAUGUAGACUUCAACAUGAAAAGUCCAAAGGUCAAGGGUGAUAUGAAUGUCUCUGGACCCAAGAUUGCAGGUGACAUAAAGGGUCCAAAAGUGGACAUUGAAGGUCCUGAUUUUGAUAUAGAGGGCCCAGAAGGUGGCUUGAAGAUGCCUAAAUUCAAAAUGCCAUCAUUUGGGUUCAAAGGACCUAAAUUGGAGGGUCCAGAUGUUGAUUUUAACUUGAAAAGUCCAAAGGUCAAGGGUGAAAUUGAUAUCUCCGGACCCAAGAUUGCAGGUGACAUAAAGGCUCCAAAAGUGGACAUCGAAGGCCCUGAUUUUGAUAUAGAGGGCCCAGAAGGUGGCUUGAAGAUGCCUAAAUUCAAAAUGCCAUCAUUUGGAUUCAAAGGACCUAAAGUGGAGGGACCUGAUGUUGACAUCAAUCUCCCAAAAGCUAAUGUUGAUAUUGAAGGACCUGAUCUUGACAUCGAGGGACCUGAUGGGAAAAUAAAAGGUCCCAAGUUCAAAAUGCCAUCUAUGUCUGGUCCAAAGAUCUCUAUGCCAGAUGUUGACUUCAACUUGAAAAGUCCAAAGGUCAAGGGUGAUCUGAAUGUAUCUGGACCCAAGAUUGCAGGUGAUAUAAAGGCUCCAAAAGUGGACAUUGAAGGUCCUGAUUUUGAUAUAGAGGGUCCAGAAGGUGGCUUGAAGAUGCCUAAAUUCAAAAUGCCAUCAUUUGGAUUCAAAGGACCUAAAGUGGAGGGCCCAGAAGUUGACCUCGAUCUCCCAAAAGCAAAUGUUGAUUUUGAAGGACCUGAUCUUGACAUUGAGGGACCUGAAGGGAAAAUAAAAGGUCCCAAGUUCAAAAUGCCUUCUAUGUCUGGUCCAAAGAUCUCUAUGCCAGAUGUUGACUUCAACUUAAAAAGUCCAAAGGUCAAGGGUGAUAUGAAUGUCUCUGGACCCAAGAUUGCAGGUGACAUAAAGGGUCCAAAAGUGGACAUUGAAGGUCCUGAUUUUGAUAUAGAGGGCCCAGAAGGUGGCUUGAAGAUGCCUAAAUUCAAAAUGCCAUCAUUUGGGUUCAAAGGACCUAAAUUGGAGGGUCCAGAUGUUGAUAUCAAUCUCCCAAAAGCAAAUGUUGAUGUUAAAGGAACUGAAAUUGACAUCAAAACUCCUGAUCUUGACAUUGAGGGACCUGAAGGAAAAAUAAAAGGUCCCAAGUUCAAAAUGCCUUCUAUGUCUGGUCCAAAGAUCUCAAUGCCAGAUGUAGACUUCAACUUGAAAAGUCCAAAGGUCAAGAGUGAUAUGAAUGUCUCUGGACCCAAGAUUGCAGGUGAUAUAAAGGCUCCAAAAGUGGACAUUGAAGGUCCUGAUUUUGAUAUAGAGGGCCCAGAAGGUGGCUUGAAGAUGCCUAAAUUCAAAAUGCCAUCAUUUGGAUUCAAAGGACCUAAAGUGGAGGGCCCAGAUAUUGACAUCAAUCUCCCAAAAGCAAAUGUUGAUUUUGAAGGACCUGAUCUUGACAUUGAGGGACCUGAAGGGAAAAUAAAAGGUCCCAAGUUCAAAAUGCCAUCUAUGUCUGGUCCAAAGAUCUCUAUGCCAGAUGUAGACUUCAACAUGAAAAGUCCAAAGGUCAAGGGUGAUAUGAAUGUCUCUGGACCCAAGAUUGCAGGUGACAUAAAGGCUCCAAAAGUGGGCAUUGAAGGUCCUGAUUUUGAUAUAGAGGGUCCAGAAGGUGGCUUGAAGAUGCCUAAAUUCAAAAUGCCAUCAUUUGGAUUCAAAGGACCUAAAGUGGAGGGCCCAGAUGUUGACCUCGAUCUCCCAAAAGCAAAUGUUGAUUUUGAAGGACCUGAUCUUGACAUUGAGGGACCUGAAGGGAAAAUAAAAGGUCCCAAGUUCAAAAUGCCUUCUAUGUCUGGUCCAAAGAUCUCUAUGCCAGAUGUUGACUUCAACUUAAAAAGUCCAAAGGUCAAGGGUGAUAUGAAUGUCUCUGGACCCAAGAUUGCAGGUGACAUAAAGGGUCCAAAAGUGGACAUUGAAGGUCCUGAUUUUGAUAUAGAGGGCCCAGAAGGUGGCUUGAAGAUGCCUAAAUUCAAAAUGCCAUCAUUUGGGUUCAAAGGACCUAAAUUGGAGGGUCCAGAUGUUGAUAUCAAUCUCCCAAAAGCAAACGUUGAUGUUAAAGGAACUGAAAUUGACAUCAAAACUCCUGAUCUUGACAUUGAGGGACCUGAAGGAAAAAUAAAAGGUCCCAAGUUCAAAAUGCCUUCUAUGUCUGGUCCAAAGAUCUCAAUGCCAGAUGUAGACUUCAACUUGAAAAGUCCAAAGGUCAAGGGUGAUAUGAAUGUCUCUGGACCCAAGAUUGCAGGUGACAUAAAGGCUCCAAAAGUGGACAUUGAAGGUCCUGAUUUUGAUAUUGAGGGCCCAGAAGGUGGCUUGAAGAUGCCUAAAUUCAAAAUGCCAUCAUUUGGAUUCAAAGGACCUAAAGUGGAGGGUCCAGAUGUUGACCUCAAUCUCCAAAAAGCAAAUGUUGAUUUUGAAGGACCUGAUCUUGACAUUGAGGGACCUGAAGGGAAAAUAAAAGGUCCCAAGUUCAAAAUGCCAUCUAUGUCUGGUCCAAAGAUCUCUAUGCCAGAUGUUGACUUCAACUUGAAAAGUCCAAAGGUCAAGGGUGAAAUGAAUGUCUCUGGACCCAAGAUUGCAGGUGACAUAAAGGCUCCAAAAGUGGACAUUGAAGGUCCUGAUUUUGAUAUAGAGGGCCCAGAAGGUGGCUUGAAGAUGCCUAAAUUCAAAAUGCCAUCAUUUGGAUUCAAAGGACCUAAAGUGGAGGGCCCUGAUGUUGACCUCAAUCUCCCAAAAGCAAAUGUUGAUUUUGAAGGACCUGAUCUUGACAUUGAGGGACCUGAAGGGAAAAUAAAAGGUCCCAAGUUCAAAAUGCCAUCUAUGUCUGGUCCAAAGAUCUCUAUGCCAGAUGUUGACUUCAACUUGAAAAGUCCAAAGGUCAAGGGUGAUAUGAAUGUCUCUGGACCCAAGAUUGCAGGUGACAUAAAGGCUCCAAAAGUGGACAUUGAAGGCCCUGAUUUUGAUAUAGAGGGCCCAGAAGGUGGCUUGAAGAUGCCUAAAUUCAAAAUGCCAUCAUUUGGAUUCAAAGGACCUAAAGUGGAGGGCCCAGAUGUUGACCUCAAUCUCCCAAAAGCAAAUGUUGAUUUUGAAGGACCUGAUCUUGACAUUGAGGGACCUGAAGGAAAAAUAAAAGGUCCCAAGUUCAAAAUGCCUUCCAUAUCUGGUCCAAAAAUCUCUAUGCCAGAUGUUGACUUCAACCUGAAAGGUCCAAAACUGAAAGGUGAAGUUGAUGUAUCAGUUCCAAAAGUUAAAGGUGACAUCAAAGCACCAGAAGUAGAUAUCAAGGGCCCAGAGCUUGACAUUGAGUGUCCUGAGGGAAACAUCAAGGGCCCCAAAUUCAAAAUGCCAUCUAUGUCUGGCCCAAAGAUUUCUAUGCCAGAUGUGGACUUCAACCUAAAAGGUCCAAAACUAAAAGGGGAUGUUGAUGUGUCCAUUCCUAAAAUGGAAGGAGAUAUUAAAGGACCAAAAGUUGAAAUUGAAGGCCCAGACCUUGAGGGUCCUGACGGUGGUUUUAAGAUGCCAAAGUUCAAAAUGCCAUCAUUUGGAGUUAAAGGUCCUAAAGUGGAGGGCCCAGAUGUUGACAUCAAUCUCCCAAAAGCAGAUGUUAAUGUUAAGGGACCUCAAAUUGACAUCAAAACUCCUGAUCUUGACAUUGAGGGACCAGAGGGAAAAAUCAAGGGCCCCAAAUUCAAAAUGCCAUCUAUCUCUGGACCAAAGAUUUCUAUGCCAGAUGUUGACUUCAAUUUGAAAGGUCCAAAACUCAAAAGUGAUGUUGACAUGUCCAUUCCAAACACUGAAGGAGAUAUUAAAGCACCAAAAGUUCAAAUUGAAGGCCCAGACCUUGAGGGUCCUGAGGGUGGUUUUAAGAUGCCGAACAUCAAAAUGCCAUCAUUUGGACUUAAAGGUCCUAAAGUGGAGGGCUCAGAUGUUAACAUUAAUCUACCAAAAGCAGAUGUUGAUAUUAAAGGACCUAAAAUGGAUAUUAGAACUCCUGAUCUUGACAUUGAGGGACCUGAGGGCAAAAUCAAAGGUCCCAAGUUUAAAAUGCCUUCCACAUCUGGCCCAAAGAUCUCUAUGCCAGAUGUUAACUUAAAUUUAAAAGGCCCCAAAUUCAAGGGUGAUGUGGAUGUUUCUGGACCAAAGAUAACAGGUGACAUGAAUGCUCCAAAAUGGGACAUUGAAGGUCCUGAUAUUGAUAUUGAGGGCCCAGAGGGUGGCAUAAAGAUGCCAAAAAUCAAAAUGCCUUCAUUUGGAAUGAAAGGCCCUAAAGUGGAGGGUCCAGAUGUUGACAUCAAUCUCCCAAAAGCUGAUUUUGUUAUCAAAGGACCUGAAAUUGAUGUUAAUGCUCCUGAUCUUGACAUUGAGGGACCUGAGGGGGGUUUAAAACAUGUUAAGUUCCCAAAAUUCAAAGGGCCCAACUUUGGAAUAAAGUCUUCGGGUGGCAGUCUUUCAGUACCUGAAAAAGAUAUUAAGGCGAGCGGUGAUGUCAACAUUAGUGGACCAGAUGCUAACAUCAAGGUUCCAAAAACCAAGAAAUCUAAAUUUUCACUUGGAGUUAAGAGCCCAAAAUUGGAUGCAGAUAUUCCUGAUGCUGGUGGUAGUUUAGAUGGACCUGAUAUGAAAAUAGAUGUAAAAGGAAAAAAGGGUAAAUUCAAAUUGACCAAAGGGAAAGGGAAGUCUAAAACUUUUGAUGGUGAUAUGAAGACUGAAAUUGUCAAGUUGGAGACAAAUGAUCCUGAUUUACAGUUGAAGUCAACCAAAGUAAAGAAACCUUUUUUUGGAAAGUUACAUUUUCCUGAUGUGGAAUUUGACAUUAAAUCUCCAAAAGUUAAAGGUAGUUCAUCUGCGUCUGGAACUAUAAAAUCAUCUGAUGUUGAUUUGCCAUCUGCAAGCCUUAAAACUGAUAUUCAGACACCAGAUGCUAGUCCGGAUUUCAAAACAAAAGGGGGGGAAAUAAAAAUGCCAAAAAUCAGCAUCACUGGCUCUAAAGUAAAAACUCCUGAACUGGAUGUUAGAGGUGGAACAUUGGAGACCUUGCAUUCCCCAGAUGUCAGUCUAGCAGGAUCAGGCAUUAAUGGAAAAGGCAAUGUUAAAAUUGAUAUGGAAGGAAAAACACAGGGGACAGUGCAGUCUGUAAAUGUCCAUGGCGUGGCUUUAGAUGCUGAUUUAAAUCUCACUGAACGAAAAGGAGUAGAAGGGAGCAUUGAAAUACCAGGCUUUAAUGUGAAGGGACAAAAGGGAGUGGCUGCAAGUGGGUUAGGCAUGACGCCAGAUGCUUCAUUAUCUGGGGUUGAGUACCCAGAAGGUAAUGUAACCUUUCCUAAAAUCAAAGUACCAAAGUUUGGUGUUGCAUUGCCUAAAGUAGAAGGAAGAGAGAUGGGCGUAGAUGUAGGUUCAGGUAAAUUGGCUGCUGGUGUUAAAGUUAGUUCCCAAAGUCUAGAAAUGCAGAGCACUGAUAUGAAAAGCAGUGGUGGAAAAAUGAAAGUCAAAAUGCCAAAACUAUUUUUCAAAUCUAAAUCUAAAGGUGGCAGUGCAGCUGAUCUUUAUGUUGAGGGAGAAGAUGCUGAUCUUACAACUAAAGGUGGUGCAAAAGUGUCUAAGGAGUUAAGUCUUAGUUCUGGGGAAUUGAUAAGUGGCAAGUUGGCAGUAGAGGGAAGCUCUGGAGUUAAGGGUUCACCAAAGAGUAAAUCUGCCUCCCUUGAUUUCUUCAAAAAAACACGACAUCACUCCUCUGUAAGUGAUGAGGGAGGUUUAGCUUUACCUGUUUCUACUGAAGGGCACUUACAGGCUGAGGGUGGCAACAUUUCAAUAGAUGGUGGAGAAACAAUGAUUAAAGGCAAAAAAGGAAAGUUGAAGUUUGCAACAAUUGGAGGUUUUAGCUCAAAAAGUAAAGGUUCAUAUGAAGUGACAGAUGAAAGUGAGGUUAGGAUUGAGGGUGCUGGUGGAGUUGCUCAGCCUUUAAAGAAGUCCAGAAUGUCGUCGUCAUCUAGCAGUGAUAGUGGUUCAAAAGGUAGUUUUCGGUUACCACAACUCGAAAUAGCCGUUUCGCCAAAGAAAUAGUUUUUUACACUAGUAUAUAUACACAGUACAUUCAAUUUUUUUUUUUUUUUUUUUUUUUUUUUUUUUUUUGAUAACUACAUGUAAAUCUGUCUUUCAUUUAAACAAUAGUGCACUGUUUCUUCAAUUUCCACAAAUGUUCUUUACAGGCAUUGAUAUUUUUUGAAUCACAAUUUAACUGUAAAUAAGAGAAAUCUUUUAUGUAAUUUUAAUUCUUUUGUUUUGUAGAUAGGAAUUUCAUGUCCAGUCCAACAAUGUGUGUAGUUGAUAUAAAAUAUUCUGCAUGUAGCUUUGAUUUGUCAUCUGAUAACUUGUUAUAUUUUUGUACCUUUGAAAGUUUUGGGACUCUUGUCCUUUCUAAAAUUGUCUGGAUACAUUUACACACAAGAGGCAUGAUUUUACAAUACUUACAUUUGAAAUGAUUUUAUGACUUCAACUUCAUUUAUAUAUUUAGUGAUGUAUCAUAUGUACUCAUCACAGAUGAAUAACUAAUUACAACAUUGAUAAACCAGAUAUAAUUUGUAAGCACAAUGAAGUUUAAGGGCUGUACAAACUGUAAAUAAAUUGAUUCAAAAUGGAUACAUUUGAUAACAUAACAUUGUCUCCCACAUAAUAUAACACUUCAGAUAUUAUGAAAUGUACACAGAGAUUAUAAUCUUCUAAAGUAUUUAUAUCUAAGACUUUCUUUUCCAUUGAUUGAUUGAAUCUCUUUAAAAUGCACACCAGGUAGCAGUUGACAAAGCUGCAACUUGCUUUGAUUUUAAUGGUUUCUAAGGCAUUUUUUUCUUUGUUAUAUCUUCCACAUUUCUUUAUAUCCAGUUGGCUCUCUCUCUUCCUCUCACUAAAUUUAUGAAAUGUCGUGCUGUAAUGUGGGGAUAUAACUACAGGGAAUCUAAUGCCAAUGGUUAAACAUUAAUAUUUUGAAAAGGCAUACAAUGUGCAUUGCCCUUGUAAAUAAUGGGACAUUUAGGCUUCAAGUUUAACUCUUUUUCUUGUAUGAGUUGCAAAAUUUAAAUAAAGUGAUCAACUUUCAAUACA